UUGCAAAAAUAAUCGAUAUAACUGCGAAAAAAUAAUGAAUAAAGAAGGAGUAUAGAUCGGCUUUUGAUAAUUUAAAGAGGAUCGUGCUAGGGCACCAACGACAGGUUGCCGUUUUAUGUCACGUGGUUACAGUUAAGCGGGGAAAGGUCUUCCCGUGUUGCUUGUUUCGAAAUGUCAACAAUUAUCAACAAUAUGGCCUUGUGAAAUAAUCCGUAUGUGGUAAUAGCCAAACGUUUUUGUGCAAUUAAUAUUGAAUUAAUUUAUAAGAGUAUAGCUCGAUGGACUUCGAUUGAUACGUACACGUAAUACGAACAGCAUUAACGAUAUGCACCAUCCUAACCUUAAAUUUAGAAAUCAUCAUCAGUUUCACUAAGAUAAUAAAAAUCUUUCAAAAUUGUACAUAACGGUAAACGAAAUGGCAGGACAAUUAGAAAGACUAAGAAAAAAUAAAUGUUGCAGUUAAACUAAAACAUUUGUUUAAAAAUGAAAUUGUUAAUCGAAUUCUAUAUGCUUAUUUAUUUUCUCUUAUUGUUAAGAAUUUACUUUGUUACGUGGAACGUGGCCACUAAGUAUCCUGUACAAGAUUUGCAUCAACUUUUAAAUAUUACACAUGGAAAUAUGAAAUCUUUACCAGACAUAUAUUUUAUUGGACUACAGGAAGUAAAGGCACAACCUCAGAAUAUGGUAUUAGAUAUUAUUUUUCAAGAGGAUCCAUGGACCAAAUCGUUCAGAGAAGUAUUAAAAGAUUUCGAUUAUGUGAAAAUCCGUUCUCAACGGUUACAGGGUCUUGUUUUAAAUAUGUUCUGUUUAAGAAAACAUAUUACUCAUUUAAGAUUGGUAGAAGCACAAUAUACGAGAACAGGAUUUGGUGGAAUGUGGGGUAAUAAAGGUGCCGUAAGCAUAAGAUUAAAUAUAUAUGGCGUUAGCAUUUGUGUAGUAAAUACGCAUUUAACGCCUCAUGACCAUCUAUUAGCAGAUAGAAUAGCAGAUUAUAAUACUAUUCUUAGAGAACAUUCUUUUAGUGCGCCUGACACAUCAAACAUUUUAUAUCAUGAUUAUGUAUUUUGGAUCGGGGACUUGAAUUUUAGACUUCAUGGGGAAGAUCUAACUGCAAUUGAUAUUGAUUUAUUGGUUAAAAAAAAUAAAUUGGAUCUACUUUUGGAAAGAGAUCAAUUGAAAUUGGUGAUGAAGAAUGGCGAUGCAUUCGCAGAACUAAAUGAAAACAAUAUUGAAUUUGCUCCUACGUACAAAUUUGAAUUUGCUUCGCAGGAAUUUGAUCUCAAACGCCGGCCAUCUUGGACAGAUAGAAUUUUGUAUAAAGUUAAUGCAGACGUAUAUGACGAUGUUACAUUAAGCGCCCUACAACUUAAUUACAAGAGUCAUUCUAAUUACAUUCAAUCUGAUCACAAGCCUGUAACCGGUGAAUUUGAUAUUAUGAUCAGGCCAAAUGUGGAAGACCAUGGCGUAGAGUUUCAGCCAGUUUCUGCUUGGUUUAUAGACGAAGAAAAUUCAGUAUCGUAUAAAUUGAUUGGAGAUGUAAGACCAGUAAGUGGAGAUUGGGUGGGUCUUUUUCAUAAUCAAUUUUCUAGUUUAGAUGAAUAUAUCGUCUAUGAAUAUGUUGUACGAGGUAGAACAGCAGAAACUUCAGAAGUGGAAUCUUCCGAACCAAUAACGGAAAGAAUAUUUUUUAGCGAUUCGGCCCUUAGAAUUCCUGGAAUGUAUCGUUUAGUUUAUGUAGCGCAACGCGGUGAUCUCAGAGGAAUUCUUGGUAUGAGUCCACCAUUUCCAGGUCAUCGCAGACCACUUUGAUUGAAUCUCUUCUCUAAAUCCAGACAAAUUAGUUGAAUUAUUUUCACGGUAAUCUAUAAUUUAGGACUAUUAAUGAAAAUGUUUUAUCGGUAUAUGAUACGAAUCAGUUUGAUUUUGAUCAUUAAUUUUAAUUAACGGGCCUAAGAAGAAUAAUCGACCAAAAGGAUUUACAAAUUCUUUCUUUUUUUAUGAAUAUAGAGUAAUAUAUAAAAAAAUAAUGACAAUUACGAUUAAGAAAAAGAAAAGAAACAUAAAAUGUACGAAUAAUUUGUUCAUUUUCGGCAUGUUAGUUACGUUAGAAAUCGUAUCGUUUCUAAAUGAAUUACAAACUUUCUCUUAUAAUAUGAAAAUUGGUUAAUCAAGCGAUAUCAGUGGAACUUUUAGAAAAGGUUGAAUAAUUUUUAAAUGCAGAAACAAUUGAUUUGAUCUCAUUUGACAUAUAAUUACAAGAACAAAUAUUUUUUAUUAAUAAAUGAUACCCAAAAUAGGAAUAGUAUAUCGUACUGUUUAAAUAUCGCUUUUAAAUGCCUUAACCAUAAAAGGUUAAUCGAAUACUUAUUUCCUGCUAUUGUGAUAAUUCCAUCGAACAAAGAAACAUAAUCUAUAAUAUUCGUGUUGAAAUUUAAUGGAGGAAAAUAUCUGGCAUAAUAUUAUAUAUAUAUAUACAUAGUUAUUAUAUUAUUAGAUAUUAGACAAUUUUGUUUAUAAUAUUUUUAUGUUAUUUUUGGUACCUGGUUAAUGCUUCUGAGUUUAUUGCUCGGAUGCACUCGCACUUAAUUACCUUAUAUCUCGAAGAGCUUAUUAGAGUGAAUUGACGCAUUUUAUAAAUGUAAUCAAUUGUUGUAAUCAUAUAUGCACGCGUGCACUCUUUUGAGACAUUUUAGAUCAUUCGUUAUUAAAUAACGAGGCUUAUUGACUGGAUAUGUAGGUCAAUGUUAUGACUUGCUAUUUUAAAAUUAUAUACCAGUUCAGGUUUACGAUGUGUAUGAAUACAAAAUAAUAAAUAUAUACAAUGAUAUACAUACAUAUAUUAUAUAUGUAUAUAUAUAUAUAUAUAUAUAUAUACACGAUAUAUAUAACGAUGAAAAUAAAAUGUAACAGUAUUUUUUAUCAGUGCAUUUCAUUGCUGAGUAAACCUUUAUUCAUUAAGUAGAGGCAUAAGAUAUUAUUAUAAUUCGUAUAAAUAUUUUUAUUAAGAAAAAUAUUAUCAUUAACAUAUUUACACGAUCGGUUGUAUUUAAAUAGAUUUACGUUAUAUAAAUAAAUAAUAAUAAUUGUCAAUUAGACGUUGAAUAAUAUUAAAAUAGUGUAUAAUAUAUUGUAAUGAAGUAACGAUAACAAGAAUAUGACGAUGUAAUUUACAUGAUUUCUUCAAGGUCUGUUUACAAGUUAAACGAUAAAACGAUCAUUUAAUAAUAAAAAGAGAGAUCAUUUAAUAAUGAAAA